UACUACAUGCACAUGUUCCAACUCUUCAAAAGGCAAUCAAGUAAUCAACCUGCAUCUAAAAGUAACACCGACACAGCUUGUGGUCAGUUGCGAAUGGAAUUGCGCGUGGACAGCAGCAACAUGCUAUCGACUCUUGCAAUUGUGAUAGUCUUUUUACAUCUCGCUAACGCUCAAAUCUUGUCAAGAACAUUCAAUUUUACGGAAAGUCAAUUGAUCAAAAAUCAUCCGUGGCAUGAUAAUACAAAGUUACUUUACGCUCGAUGCAAUUCGUCGCAGCCACAAUUAGGUAAAAAAUGUAUCAUUUCUGUAACAGCCGAAGCUUUUGAAAAUUCCACAAUCGUUUCGAGUGAGUGUACUGUGACACUUAAGUCUGAGAUACCAAAAACACUUGUGAAUGACAGUCUACUAGUUUUUAAAUUUGGCAGUGAUAGGGUUAUUAUUAUGUGGAUGGAAUCGCAAAAUACGACGAGCAAUGGUUUGUCAAUUUUAAAGACAAGCGUUGUCCACAUGGCUGAUCAAUGCCAAAUUUUCGGGACGACGGUGCAUAGUUAUUUGGGACAGUUCACUGUUGAAAUGGCUUACCAAAAGUAUUUCAACAUCAUUGCUUCACAAGAUACGUAUGAGCUAGUACUUAAGGAUGUGGUGAACGACUGUAAAUUUAGAGCCAAUUGUACUUUUGGUGAUGGCAUUGUUAAGUUUGACAAGAAAGCUCGGAAAUUAUCUGGUCCGGAGCAUUGGCCUACUCCAAUAUACAAUGACAAAUGGGAUAUUGACAUCAUCGUAGCGGUUGAACCAGGACACUCUGAGAAUGGUUAUUUUGUUUUUAAUCGCAACGAUAAACAAUCGAUUGCAUAUCUCGCGACCAGAGAGAAAGAUGAUUACAAGAAGCUGAUUUUAAAAGAAACACCAUUCACAAGAUCCAAUUGGUUCAGUGGGAUUUCGUUAGCCAACCAAGCUAUUGGCAUUUGCUAUCACUUCAGUUCAAACUCAAGCAUCACAUGCUGGCAGUUCAAUCAGAGAGGUCAACUUUUAUUGUAUAAAUUACUGAUACCUAAACGUCAACAUGAUGUUCCUGUAGCAGCUGUCUACAAUAUAAAAAAUGGCGGAUUCCUUCUGGUCGUCGUUGACUGCCCAAAGAACGAUUGCGAUGGAUCCAAAAACGACAACCAUUUUAUUAAAAUAGGUAAAGAACGUCAGGUUGAUGUGGUAAAGAUUCGGUUCGAUGCCAAAUGUAAUCAACAAGAAAAUAGUCAGAUGACAUUCAGAGCAUUCGAAAAUAAAAAGAGUCAGUAUUGCAUUGCUAGAUUAUGCGAUAGUAAAAUUCAUAAUUCGGUAAGGUUAGAUGCAAAGGUCCAUUGUUUUUCGAGUAGCGCGUUUUCGAAAUGUAACGAUUGUAUAUAAAAAAAUUUGUAUAAAUGACAAAAUUGCCAUCCACAAUUGAUUGUGUGCCAUAAAUAGGAGAACAACGAACAUUUUUAUAAUAAAAAAAAGGUAGAAAACGA